AUGUUGCUGGAGUCGCGAGGAGGUCUCGCCGGUAGGAAGAGAAACGGAUUGACGCUGUCUUCGUUCGGGGGUGGCGGUGGUAGCGGUGGAGGAGGCGGUGGUGCCGGAGGAGGAGGCGGCGGCGGCGGAGGAGCCGGCAGCGCUGAAGAGGACGACGAGGAAUCUCGACAUCUGUUUCUUGGACGAAAAAUGCAGGCCGAGGGCACCGCCGCCUCCGGGGUUUCCGCCGGUUUGUCGCCCGGUUGUACCCGGGAUGACGGCGACGAGAGCUCCAGCCCGUCGCCGAACAGCAGCCUCUUGAACAAUCUGAACAACAACUGCAAUUCGAACCGACAGUGCGCCACCGACUUUAGUAUCGCGGCCAUUAUGGCUCGAGAUUCUCGACAACAACAACAGCAGCAGCAGCAGCAACAACAACAACAGCAGCAGCAGCAGCAGUCUCAGACAGCGGCGUCGCAGCAGCAACAGCAGUCCCAUCAUCAUCGACAAUUACAGCAACAGGCCGUCGGCGGCGGGAAGUUGCAUCAACACGAGAGGGAACCGAGCGUAUCCGGCGUAGCCCGGGUCGCUUCCGCGCCGAUUCAGGAGUCGAUCGCCGCGGACGACGACCCGGAAACGGACGACACCGGAAGCACCAGCGGGAAAGCCGCGUCCCCCGUCAAUCCUCUCCUUCAGGAGCGUUCCAACUGCGAGGAGCUGAGACACGUGGUCUGUCAUCUGGAGACGAAAGAUCUCUGGGACAAGUUCAACGAGCUGGGCACCGAGAUGAUCAUCACGAAGACCGGACGGCGAAUGUUCCCGACGUGCAGAGUGUCGUUCAACGGACUGAAGGCGGACAGUCGUUACGCUGUACUGAUGGACAUCGUGCCGGUGGACAACAAACGGUACCGGUAUGCAUAUCACCGAAGUUCCUGGUUGGUGGCCGGCAAAGCCGAUCCUCCGGCGCCGGCGCGUCUAUACGUACACCCGGAUUCACCUUUUACGGGCGAACAACUACGAAAGCAGGUCGUCUCCUUCGAGAAAGUCAAGCUGACAAAUAAUGACAUGGACAGGCACGGUCACCUGGUGUUGAAUUCGAUGCACAAGUACCAACCGAGGAUCCACCUGGUGAAGCGACCGGACUCGGGGAACGCCAAGCCGAUAACCGACCUCGAGAAGGAGCCUCACAAGACCUUCGUAUUCCCGGAGGCCAUAUUCACCGCUGUCACCGCCUAUCAGAAUCAACUCAUCACCAAGCUGAAGAUCGACAGCAAUCCGUUCGCAAAGGGAUUCCGUGACUCGUCGCGACUCACCGAUUUCGAGAGCUUCCCUUUCAGGGAAACGAUGGAGUCGAUGCUGGCGGAACAGCAGACGCUGAGGUUUCCCCAUCGACUUCCGUUCGAGAUGGAUCAGCUUCAGGCGGGCGCGGUGAGCAAUCUGAGCCUCGAGGAGAAGGCACUUUGGGCGGCCAGAUCGCAGAUGCUGCUGAGAGCCGCGGCAGCGGUCGCGGUGAGUCCGUACGCUCAGCUCGUCGGUCCUGCUCUGGUUUAUCCGGGCGCGUCGCCAGCCGGUACCAGCCAUCAGCAGCAACAACAUCAGCAGCAACAGCAACAACAGUUGGGCCAUCUAUGGUGGGCAUCGUCGAUCGGGCCGACGUUGUUCGCUGCGGCCCAUCAACAGCAACAGCAGCAACAACAACAGCAACAACAGUUGGCCGGUUCCAGCUCACAGAAUCCAGGCACGACGAGUCCAGCCGCGCCAAGACCUCUUUAUCCAUCCGCCCUCGCGUUGGCGCACCAUCGAUUCUCCCCUUAUCACACGACACCCGCCGCAGCGCCGAAAUCCUCCACACCUGUCGGGUCGUCGUUGUCGCCCGCGAGACGCGCGACACCGUCGCCCACCGACAGCUUAGGCAGAGACGUUCAGGAUCUCUCGCCCUCGUAG